AUGGCACGCGGUUCGCUGGUCAAGUGCUUCACCGGACUGUUGACGCUGCAGAGUGUCUUGGGUAAUCCGGUCAAGAGCGGGGAGUCAUGGUCAUCGGAUUACCCUGCGCCGCCCAUUCUGGGGGACGGCCAGUUGGGUGCUGUUGCUUCGGAAAGUGAUAUCUGCAGUCACAUCGGUAUUGAGUUGCUGAAGCUGGGUGGAAAUGCUGCGGAUGCCAUGGUAGGUACUGUGGCAUGUGUAGGUGUGGUCGGCAUGUACCAUUCAGGCAUCGGUGGAGGAGGCUUCAUGCUGGUCCGCGCCCCCAAUGGCACAUAUGAAUUCAUUGACUUCCGCGAAACAGCACCAGCUGCUGCAUUUGAAGACAUGUACAAAAACAACGAAGACGCCAGUAUCAACGGCGGUCUCGCAUCCGGUGUCCCUGGUGAACUCCGCGGACUUCAACAUCUUCACGAAAACUACGGAGUCCUGCCAUGGUCCACAGUCCUCAACCCAGCUGUCAAGGUUGCCAGGAAUGGCUGGAGAGUCAACGAAGAUCUCGUCAAAUACAUGGCCUCCGCUACCUCCUCAUCCAACUUCCUAGUCGACGAUCUCGAGUUUGCUCUCGAUUUCGCGCCCAAAGGACGUCCCCUCCAGCUCAACGAGACCAUCACGCGGAAACGCUACGCCGACACCCUCGAAACCAUUGCCCAAAACGGCCCAGACGCAUUCUACAACGGCCCCAUAGCAGAAGCCACAAUCCGUGCUCUGCAGGCCGCCAACGGAACCAUGACGCUGGCCGACCUCUCCAACUACACGGUCGCCAUCCGCAAGCCCUCCACGAUAACCUACCGGGACUACAAGCUCACAGCCUGCAGCGCGCCCUCAGGCGGCGAAGUCGCCCUCGCAACACUCAAAAUCAUGGAAGGCUACUCCCACGUCGGCGACCCAGAAAACAUCAACCUAACCACGCACCGCCUAGACGAAAGCAUGAGAUUCGCCUACGGCAUGCGCGCCGAGCUAGGCGACCCCCUCUUCCUCUCAGGCAUAGACACAUACCAAGAGCAAAUGCUAUCCGAAGCCACCGCAAAGGAAAUCCGAUCCAAGAUCUCCGACACCAAAACAUUCGACGUGUCCUACUACAACCCCGCUGGUCUGGAAUCCCUCGAGACACCCGGAACGAGCCACAUUGUUACGGCGGACAAGAGCGGCAUGGCCGUUACACUGACGACGACGGUGAACCUGCUUUUUGGAAGCAAGCUCGUCGUUCCUGAGACCGGUGUCAUUAUGAACAACGAGAUGAACGAUUUCAGUAUCCCUAACACGACGAACGCGUUCGGAUAUAUUCCCUCGCCUGCCAAUUUCAUUCGUCCUGGUAAACGUCCGCUAUCCUCCAUCUCGCCCGUCAUCGUCGAGCACCUCAACUCCUCGUCCAUCGCUAGUGCGUUCUACGUCGCUAUUGGCGCGGCGGGAGGUAGUCGUAUCAUUACUGCCACAAUCCAGAAUCUGCUUCAUAUCCUCGAUGGGGAGAUGACGACGGCGGAGGCGCUGGCUGAACCGCGGAUUCAUGAUCAGUUGGUGCCGGCGCAGGUCAGCUUUGAGUAUGGGUUCGAUAAUGGGACUACGGCUUUCUUGAAGGGGUUGGGCAGUAAUGUUACGUGGGUUGCGCCGGGGUCGAGUACGGCGCAGGGCUUGAGGCGCUUGACGAAUGGUACUUUUGAGGCGGCGGGGGAGCCGAGACAGAAGAAUAGUGGUGGGUUUGUCGUUUAG